CGUCUCUGUAGAACUGAACUGAAACCAAGAACUUACGGACACAGAGGCAGAGAGGUAGAAGGUUCAAGAAGAUCGAGCUCAAAAUUGAGCUUCCUCUCACUACAAAAUCACGAAGCUCAAAAUCAUCGACUUCUAUUUUCCUUCUUCCUCUUGCAUGUAGAUGCUAUUUGAAACCGCCGUUCUGUUCUUAAUCCAUUGGUUUCGCCUCGCUCGACUUCAAUUCCAUGGCGAACAAUCAUUCCGAGACUCCCUCCGAUGAUUUCCUAGAGCAGAUUCUUGGGAUUUCCCCUUUCGGUUCGGCGGAGCAAGGGUUAGCUGGAACCGACGGCGGAUUGGCAGGAGCUGCUGCUGCGGCGGCUCACGGUCAGGCUCCGAUGAUGCUUCAACUUAGCUCCGGCGAUGGCGGUGGCCACAUCUCUACGAUUGGAAGUGGAAGUGUCGGUGGUGCAGGGUUCCAUGGCGGAACCCCUUUUCCUUUGGGGUUGAGCUUGGACCAAGGGAAGAGUGGGUUUCUUAAGGCUGAGGAAGCUUCUGGAAGUGGCAAGAGGUAUUGUGGUGAGGUUGUUGAUGUUCGAGCUUCAUCUGUGAAAAAUGUUUAUCAAGGCCAACAAAUGCAUGCUACUAUGGGUGCAGCACCGCAUCCACCAACGAUGCGCCCUAGGGUACGAGCAAGACGAGGACAGGCGACUGAUCCACAUAGCAUUGCAGAGCGGUUACGAAGAGAAAGAAUUGCAGAGAGAAUCCGGGCUUUGCAGGAGCUUGUUCCGAGUGUCAAUAAGAUGGAUAGAGCUGCAAUGCUCGAUGAAAUAGUGGACUACGUAAAGUUUCUACGUCUCCAAGUAAAGGUUUUAAGCAUGAGUAGAUUGGGUGGAGCUGGUGCGGUGGCACCACUUGUAACGGAUAUUCCACUAUCAUCAGUUGAGGAAGAAGGAAGUGAGGGUGGUAGGAACCAACCUGCGUGGGAGAAGUGGUCGAACGACGGUACUGAGAGACAAGUUGCGAAGCUUAUGGAAGAAAACGUGGGUUCUGCGAUGCAAUUCCUUCAAUCGAAGGCACUCUGCAUCAUGCCCAUCUCAUUGGCUUCGGCAAUUUAUCACACGCAACCGCCCGAUAGCUCGAGCGUUGUGAAGCCAGAGAGUAAUCCUCCUCCAUAGAAUCGCCACAAUCCUUAAAGGAAAACAGGUAAAAAAAAAAGGGAAGAAAAGAGAAAAUUUACGGAUCGGUGUUGGGUCCAUGGCUGCUUCUUGUCGUCGCAACACUCAUGGUUGUUCCCCUUCACUUGUGGUGGGUAUUGGUAUUGCAAUCAAAGUCAGAUGCCAUAGUUAUAUUGCUUUUUAAGAUUACUUUUGUAGCUUUUGUCAAAACAUGGAUCAAUGUCAAUGCCCUAAAAGAUGCAAGCAGGCCUUUCAGGUCUUGACAAGCUGAACUAAAGCAAGAAGAAUUUGUCAAAGCUUUACUUGAUAUGCUCUUCUUUUCUUGUUUUUGCAUCAAUGGGUGGAGGGAGUGGUGGGAUAUGACCAAAGCACCUUUGUUAUGUAGUGGGUUGUGGGACCCUGUAAAAAUAUGAAUAAGAAUUCUUCCUUUUUUUUGUGUAUUUUAAUUGGAUGAUGUACCUUUACAAGGAAA